CGCACCCUAACCCUUCUUCCAUCUGUUUCCUCCUUCAGAUCACUCCACCCACUCUGUGUUCUGCUGCUGCUGCGCUGUUCAAACCAGGGAGAUCAGCACACACAUGGAGCUGGAGGGCAGAACUUCUCUUUGCUUCCCGGCCAGACGUUACCCCGGAAAGGCCCGACGGGUGGACCGGUCCAGGAAAAAGCUUCCUCUACCCCCACCGGAGAAUGGCGAAGGCGAGGGCUUGAUGAACGUCGUUGCCAUGUACGACUUCACUGCUAAGGAGGACUCUGACCUCACUCUCACACAGGGAGAGGAGUAUGUUAUCCUCCACAAGCAGGACCAGCUGUGGUGGAGAGCGCAGGACAGACACGGGAAUAAAGGCUUCAUCCCCAGUAACUACGUAACAGAGAAAAACAGAAUCGAAGCAAACUCGUGGUAUUGCAAGAACAUCACCAGAACAGAAGCGGAACAGCUGCUGAAACAGCAGGACAAAGAGGGUGGUUUUAUUGUCCGGGAGUCCAGUAAACCAGGAACCUACACUGUUUCUGUUUAUACAAAGACAUUAAGUCCAAAUGGAGAAGUGAGACAUUACCAGAUUAAAAUAACGGACACCGGACAGUUCUACUUGGCUGAAAAACACACGUUUAGCUCCAUACCAGAUGUCAUACACUACCAUGAACACAACGCAGCAGGUCUUGUGACCCGGUUACGCUACGCCGUGGGACCGAUGGGAAGGUGUGUCCCAGCCACAGCAGGAUUCAGCUCAGAGAAGUGGGAGAUCAACCCCAGCGAGCUGACCUUCAUGAAGGAGCUGGGCAGCGGCCAGUUUGGGAUCGUGAGGCUCGGCAAGUGGAGGGACCAGCAGAGAGUGGCCAUCAAGGCCAUCAGGGAGGGAGCCAUGUAUGAGGAGGACUUCAUCGAGGAGGCCAAAGUCAUGAUGAGGCUGUGCCACCCCAAGCUGGUCCAGCUGUACGGAGUCUGCCUGAAGCAGCGGCCCCUGCUCAUCGUGGCCGAGUUCAUGGACAACGGCUGCCUGCUGAACUUCCUGCGGCAGAAGGGCGUGGCUCUGAAGGAGGCGUGGCUUCUGUCCAUGUGUCAGGACGUCUGCGAGGGGAUGGAGUACCUGGAGGCCCACAGCUUCAUCCACAGAGACCUGGCAGCCAGGAACUGCCUGAUUAACGAGAACAACGUGGUGAAGGUCAGCGACUUCGGCAUGACCAGAUACGUCCUGGACAACCAGUACACCAGCUCCAGCGGCGCCAAGUUCCCCGUCAAGUGGUCUCCUCCUGAGGUUCUCCACUACAGUAAAUACAGCAGCAAGUCGGACGUCUGGUCCUUCGGCGUGGUGAUGUGGGAGAUCUUCUCUGGGGGUCGGACGCCUUUCGAGAACCGCUCCAACUUGGAAGUGGUGAACGACAUCACCAAAGGGAUCCGCCUGUACCGACCGCACCGCGCCUCCCAGCCGCUGUACACCAUCAUGUACCGCUGCUGGCACGAGAAACCUCAGGGUCGGCCUGCGUUCUCCGAGCUCCUGGAAGAAAUCCGAAAACUGGCAGAAACUCCAGAUUAGCACAAAGAUGUUAUUUAUUUUAACCUCUGAAUAUCAAACUGUUUUAAUAUCAAACUGAAUAUC